AUGAAAAAAGAUCCGAAGUACAAAGAUUUACCCUCCCAAAUAUAUUACGAUAAAUUGAAUGAAGACAUAGUCCAAGAUGAUGAGGAAAAUGAGGAACCUGAAGUAAAUGAAGAUCAUGGAGAGAAUGAAGAACAUGAAAUAAAUGAUGAACUUGAAGGAAAUGAAGAAAACGAGGAACAUGAUGAAUAUGGAGAAAAUGAAGAACAUGAUGAAUACGAAGAAAAUGAAGGAAAUGAAGAAAAUGAAGGAAAUGAGGAGCAUGAAGAAAAUGAAGAACAUGAAGAAAAUGAGGAGCAUGAUGAAUAUGAAGAAAAUGAAGGAAAUGAGGAGCAUGAUGAAUAUGAAGAAAAUGAAGGAAAUGAGGAACAUGAUGAAUAUGAAGAAAAUGAGGAAUAUGCGGAACAUGGAAGAAAUGAUGAGCUUGAAGUAAAUAAAGGAAAUAAGGGAAGUGCAAAGAACGUUUACUGGGAAGCUAUGAAAGGAUCAUAUGAGCAAACACCAUGGGUUCGAGAUGUUUUUUUUAAACUGGAAAGAAACAUAACUGAAUUAAAUGGAAAUAGUAGCGAAGACAUUCUACGUAAGAAACAUUGUUAUGAUUUGAAUUACUGGCUAUACGAACAAGUGUAUGAAAAUCUUAAUAAGAACGAAAAUGAUGAAAAUUUUUUUAAAAUAAUUGAUGACCUUCAAGGUGCAUGGAAAAAUAUAAAUAAUGAUAAGUUUGCCAAUGCCGAUAAUAUAUGUCAUCCCGAUAAAACAUUGGUUGAUAUGAAAUAUUUAGAAGAUGUUAAAGAUUUGUUUGAUUUGAUUGAAGAUCAUUCUACCAUCAAAGCGGCAGCUAUCAAUGAUACGAAAAACGCUUGUCUGAAAUAUAUUGACUAUCUUAAAAUUAAGGUUCCUUUGUACUAUGAAUGGAAUAACAUAUGUACCAUGGAAGAAGAGAACAUUUGUACAAAGUAUAUUGAUGAUUAUUCAAAGUAUGAUCCCAAAAACGUGUUGGAGAAUUUAUCCGUUGUUAGUCUUGCAUUGGCAUCCAUAUUCAAUGAUUGCUAUCAGAAUAUUAUAAACUUAUUUACGGAAGCAGAGAAAAUCGAGCCACGCACUGUUCUCAAGCAAAGAGGCAUUACAGGAGAAUCUGAAAAUAAUGUCGUAAAAACCGGAGGAAGAAUAUUAGCGGAACAUGUGAGCGAUACCUCCGAGUCUGCGAACAUGUUAACUGGCGUUAAUACGUUGGCUACUUCGCCCUUUCCCAUGACAAAGAGAAUCAGCCCUUGCGUAUUUAACCAGGUCGUACUGUUGGUCAUUUCCUUUUUGAGCCUACUGUUAUUUGUGCACAGUAUUUAUAAGUUUAUCUUAAUUGGAAAAUAUAUAUUUGACACUUAUAAAGGAGUAGAGAACAAAUGUACUCGCUGCAAGAGUGACGACUCGGAAGAUGAUGAGGAGGAGGAGGAGGAGGAGGAGGAGGAUGAUGAGGACGAUGAUGAAGAAGAGGAGGGGGAUGAGGAGGAUGAGGAUGACGAGGAUGAUGAUGACGACGACAGCGACAGCAAUAGCGCCUUGAAAUCAAGUUUUAGAAAGUGGUCGUUAAAUAGUCAUUCAUAG